AUGAAAUCAGUUAGUCAGGCUGACGUGAUAAGGUUUGUGAAGCGCGAGAUCAUACACUGUUUUGGCUUGCCUGAGACCCUCACCUACGAUAAUGGGUCAGUGUUCUCUAGGGGAGAGGUAUCUUUGUUCGCACAGGAGUAUGGUAUGACCGUCACCUUCUUGGCACCUUACUAUGUGCAGGGCAAUGGUCAGGCUGAGGCAAGCAACAAGGUUAUUAAGGCAAACUUGUCUAAAGUCAUUGAUGAUAACCCAAAGUCUUGGGCAGAAAUGUUGUUAGAGGUUCUUUGGGCCUUUAGGACCUCAAAGAGGAUGGCAACAGGAACUACCCCUUAUGCGCUAACUUUCGGUCACGAUGCCAUCUUGCCUAUGGAACUGACUGUAAAAUCUCUACGGGUGGUGAGGCAAUACGGGAUGACCCCCAGUGAAUAUGCAGAUUCCAUGAUGGCUGAACUUGAUGAUCUGGAUGAGGAGCGUUUGUUGGCCCUCGACUGGGUUUAG